AGAAAAUAGCAUUUGCCGAGGAUGUUUAUGUUAUGAUCGAGAAAUGGUAUUAAUCAAUGAUUUUACGAAAAAAGAUUGUUUUUCGCAAUUAUGCAGCGAAUUUAAGAAUUCGCGAAUAGAAGAUGAAAAAUUGAUAUUGUGCUGGGUUUGCUCGGCUCUUGUUAGUCGGUUUGCUAAAUUCAAGGCGCAAGUCAGAGAGGCCCACUGGAGACUAGAGAAAAGCGUGUCACAGCACACAUCCAGACCCAGAAGCCUUACUACAUUCCACAGCAACCGACUUUUCAACAUUAAUAUCAUUCCCACCGAGUAUGAAUACAAUAAACCCAAUUUUAAAUAUGAAGUCAUUAAACAUGAAAUAAAUCCAGACAUCUCAAUCAAAGAAGAAUUAGAAAAUAUAAUAAUUAACGACUCUGAUAUUAUACAUUCUGAUUCCGAUGACGACAACAAAUUGCUAAUAGACUUUAAAAAAAUUAAGUCAUUAAAAGAAACAUCUAUUGUUAGAAAGAAACGUAAAAAUGGAGAAGAAAUUUUCAAAGAGAUAGAGCUAACAAAAGAAGAAAUAAAUGAAGAACGAAAAGAACUAUCGUUGCAAGAAGAAUAUAUAAAUGCAAUGUUCCGGUGUGAACGAUGUGUUAUAUCAUUUCCUAAUGCUGAUGAUUUGAACGACCAUGUCAAUGCUAAGCAUGAGUUGAACGCGUCUUCCUACAAAUGCAAAAUAUGCGAAUGCACAUUCCUCACUGAGGUAUCAUACAACUACCAUACAAACAGACAUACAAAACGGUACCAGUGUAAUAUAUGCGCAGAAUGGUAUUUAAGUAAACGAGCUGUGAUCAGACAUUAUGAAAUGUUACAUUGUCAGGGGUAA